GUAUGAGCGCUUCAGUCCUCAAUUAGGUUCGCAUUCCCUGCAUAUAACGGCGUUGCUCUGCUCUGCGGCCGUUAGGUUUCUGAGACUGGUGUUAAGAGCUGGGUAGUCAUGUCUGGUCGUGGUAAAGGAGGGAAAGGUCUAGGUAAAGGAGGCGCCAAGCGUCAUCGUAAGGUCCUGCGCGACAACAUCCAGGGCAUUACCAAGCCAGCCAUCCGGCGCCUUGCUCGUCGUGGCGGCGUCAAGCGCAUUUCUGGCCUCAUCUAUGAGGAGACUCGCGGCGUUCUGAAGGUGUUUCUGGAAAACGUGAUCCGUGACGCGGUCACUUACACGGAGCACGCUAAGCGCAAGACCGUGACUGCGAUGGACGUGGUCUACGCUCUGAAGCGGCAGGGACGCACUCUGUACGGCUUCGGCGGCUGAGGCUUCCUUUUGCUGUGUGCAGUAACUCCGUUUUUCAACCAAAGGCCCUUUUCAGGGCCGCCCACUUUUUCCGUAAAAGAGCGGACAUCUUGUGGUACCUGUCCUGUUUUGUUCUAGGUUUUUGUUGAAAAGUAGUCGUUUCACACAUGUAUAGAUUACAGGUAACGUUUAACUUUCCUGGUGUUAACGUUUCCUGGUGUUAACGUUUAACAUCAUAACGCAUAUUUAUGAAGUGUUCAGGGUUAUUCUCUUAUGCUUGAGGGUAGUCGGUAUGUUAUAGAUGUUUAGCUUUCUUUUACACUUUCUUUUUUUGUGUUUUUUUUCCAACACGGCGCUGCAGGAAUCUUACACUUUAGAGCUUAAGAUGGCAGCGAGUAAGCUGGAUUGGCACGGCUUGUACUCUCCGUGUGGCUCCCCCUUUAAACUUGUUCUCAGGGAGUAGAGAAGUCGCAGUAAACUCCAGGCGAGACUCCGUUACCGUUUUCAAAAUGGCGGGGAGGGCGAGGAACAAAGCAAGCCCGCGCCAAGGCGGCGGGCCUAGAAACAAAGGUGAAUCCGCCAGCGGAACAGAUCCUCCGGUCGGGAUCGCAGACCGAAGUCCAGGCGGCAUGUACGCUGCUGCUUUUGACGGUGACAACUUUCGUCAACAAAAGGCAGUGUGGGGUAACAAUGUAAAUGCACACUGGAGAGCUUGCGAGGAAUUUCACAUAAACUGUGUUUCUAAACGUUAUUAAGUCAUUAGAAGGUACAGUAUCGCUAAGUGAUCAAUAUGGAAACAUCACCAAAACUUAAUUCUUACGCAGCGAUGAUAGCCUUUUAAGAAAGUAUAGAUUCAGGCGAAGGGCGGUGCCUCACACCUGUAAUCCCAGCACUCUG